AGCGUACGAAAAUAAAAUUUUCCAUCAUAACGUUAUAACUUGUUUAUGAUUAAAUUUUUAAAGUCAGUUUUACUUGACCUAAAAAUUGAAAGAUAUGAUUACGCCGAUAUGCGUGAUUAUAUAAAUGAGUAUUCUAGGAGUGCCUAAUAAUCAAUUUAUUCAAAAACAUUCGUUAUCAUUUCGAAUAAAUAGGUGACUUUGAUGUUAUCAAAGACUUUUCGGUUACCUGUUAGUCUUGUUUUGCAGUUUAAAUAUAUUGUAACAGUAGAAAGAGGUGUACGCUCUCGUUAGUUGAUAGAAAAGAUAAUAUGGCCGCAAUUACGUUUGGAAUCUUAAUUAUUAGCGAUACUCGCUCAAAAGAUUCCCGAAAGGAUGAAGCAGGUUCUCAAUUAAAACGUUUGGUCAGUGAUAUAAACACUGAUACAGGAAAAAUUCUUAGAGGGAAAGUUCUUCAAGAAAAAAUAAUACCAGAUAAAGAAGACAUUAUAAUGGAAUAUUUGAUAAAAUGGAGCGACGAACAGAAGUUAAAUAUUAUUUUGACAUCUGGUGGUACAGGCUUUUCUAGUACAGAUGUUACACCUGAAGCAACAAAAAAAGUUAUCAACAAAGAAGCUCCAGGAAUAGCAACUGCUAUGCUUUUAUCAGGCUUACAAGUGACUCCUUUGGCUAUACUUUCUAGAGCUGUAUGUGGAAUUCGAGGAAAAACAUUAAUCAUUAAUCUACCAGGAUCGCCAAAAUCUUUGAAAGAAUGUUUAGUUCCCAUUGUAUCUGCAAUACCACAUGCAGUUGAUUUAAUUUUAAAUAAACAAGCAGAUAUAGAACGAGUCCAUGCGUCAAAUAGUCAUACCAAAUCAAAUACUACAGAUCAUAGUCAUAAUUCACCUGCUACUUCAUCGUUAAACUUGGAGAAUGUUGCCAUGCGUCUCAGGGAAUCACCAUAUCCUAUGCUUUCCGUUGAUAAAGCAUUAGAAUUAAUAAAGACCAAUAUAGAACUCCAGGGAAAAGAAACUGUAUCAAUUUGGAAUGCUCAUGGUAGAAUCUUAGCUGAAGAUGUAUUUUCUCUUUGUGAUUUACCACCAUUUCGAGCUUCUAUUAAAGAUGGUUAUGCAGUUUUGGCAGAAGAUGGGAAAGGUAGAAGACGAGUGUUAGGUGCUUUGAAAGCAGGAAAUACUGCAAUGUCUGUAUCCUUGGAACCUGGCACUUGUGUCAGAAUAAAUACUGGUGCGCCAAUACCAGAUGAUGCAACUGCUGUUGUUCAAGUGGAAGACACAAAGCUUAUAUUAAAAAACUCUGAUAAUACGGAAGAGAAAGAAAUUGAAAUUUUAACUGUACCAACAAAAGGACAGGAUAUUAGAUCUAUCGGUUGUGAUUUACAAAAAGGAGAGCUUAUAAUGGAAGCACCAGUGAAACUUGGAGCAGCAGAAGUAGGACUUUUAGCUGCCUGUGGUUAUAAAGAAGUGAAGGUUUAUAAAGUUCCCAGUAUAGGUGUACUAUCAACAGGUGAUGAAUUGGAAGAACCAGGAAAUGAUUUAAAACCAGGACAUGUAUAUGACAGUAAUACAAUAACUUUAAUAUCCUUGCUACGAGAAAAUGGAUAUGAUCCAAAGAAUUUGGGAACUGUAAAGGAUGACGAAUCUAGCAUGGUUGAUGCAAUUAAAAAUGCCUUGGAAAAAGUUGAUGUACUGGUAACAUCUGGUUCAGUGUCAAUGGGCGAUCGAGACAUAUUGAAACCUAUACUAGAACACUAUUUUAAUGCAAACAUACAUUUUGGGCGCGUAAAUAUGAAACCUGGUAAACCAACGACUUUUGCAACUUGCAUUUAUAAUGGUAAAAAGAAAUAUUUUAUGUGUCUCCCGGGUAAUCCAGUUUCGGCAACAGUGACAUCGAUUUUAUUUGUUAUACCUCUACUUAAUGAAAUGCAUGGUGACCUUUCGAAACCCAUCAUCGUAAAGGCAAAAUUGGACUCGUCUUAUAAAUUGGAUCCUCGCCCGGAAUAUGCAAGAGCAAUCUUAACAUGGAAAAACGGAGCAGAUCUUCCACUGGCUUGCAGUACUGGAAAUCAAAUAAGUAGUAAAUUGUUCAGUUGUAAAAAUGCUAACGCAUUGUUAAUGUUACCAGGAAAAACACUCGCUAAGGCAGCAAUGCAUCCGGGUGAAGUUGUAGAAGCGAUACUCCUUAAUCCUAGAAUAACUAUGUGAUACAGAAGUAUUUAAUACAUUCCUUAAAUAUUACUAUUCAUGCCUUUUCAUCGUUUAUAAAGUUUAUAUGGUUUAAUAAAAGAAAGCUAUACAUCGUGUUAAUAAGAAAAAUUA